UUUCUGUUUGGCACUUCUGCAAAGCUCAAACUCUCGGACUCAAACAGACAGCACGACGAAACCUAGCAGCCUCACGCCCUCAUCGCAGCAGGGACCUAGCCGUCGCCGGAGACGCACUGAGUCUGAGAGCAGCGGUGACUAAAUCAGGUUUGUCAAAGAGGAAAAGGAGAGUUACGAUUCAGGUUUGAAGCACUAAAUCAAUCAAAAUUGUAGCAAUGGGUGAGAGCAAGAAACGAAAGAGACACAGAAACAAACGUGGUGGUAAGGAGGAGCAACCGGUUCUUCCUUCUCCUUGUGCUAAGCGCACAAAGCUGAAGGAACCCUCUUCCUUUCUUCAAAAGAUGCGAGCAAGGUUGUCUGGUGGGCAUUUCAGGAUGAUUAAUGAAAAGCUCUACACUUGCACUGGGGAGGAGGCGCUAGAUUAUUUCAAGGAAGAACCUUCGCUAUUUGAUGUGUAUCAUACAGGAUACAAAACACAAAUGUCAAAUUGGCCAGAACAGCCAGUUAAUGUAAUUAUUAAGUGGCUGAAAAAACAGAGCCUUUCUUUUGUUGUUGCCGAUUUUGGUUGUGGGGAAGCACUCAUUGCUAAAAGUGUGAAGAAUGAAGUAUUCUCUCUAGAUCUUGUCUCCAAUGAUCCAAAUGUAAUUGCUUGCAACAUGGAAAAUACUCCCCUUGACUCCUCAUCUGUUGACGUCGCCAUCUUCUGUCUUUCAUUGAUGGGAACCAACUACCAAAGUUACCUCGAAGAAUCGUACAGACUGCUCAAGCCAGGUGGCUGGCUUUUGAUAGCAGAAGUAAAGAGCAGGUUUGAUCCAAAUACUGGAGGAGCAGACCCUAAAAAGUUCUCAAAUGCUAUUUCCGAGCUAGGUUUCAGCUCUGUAAAACAGGACUUCUCAAAUAAAAUGUUUAUUUUGUUUUUCUUCACAAAAAAGGAAAAUCAAAUUUCUAAGCGGAAGGAAAUUGAAUGGCCAAUGCUUAAACCUUGUUUGUACAAGCGUAGAUGAGAUUAUAAUAAUUUUUUCCUUUUUUGGUGUAUUCAAUGUCAUCUGGAUGAGAGUUAAACAUUUUUUUUUUUUUUUUCUUUUAGAUCAGCAUGGUUAGUAAAUCAUCAAAGUUAUUGUAGUAAUUGGUUUCUCGGCCUCAUUAUUAUUCUUUGAUUUUAAGUGCGUAUGGGGAGUUUGCUUGGUUUACAAAUUUGCUACGACCGUUUAUUGAAUAUCA